GCGGCGGCCGCGUGACCCUCGGGGCGGCGGUGGAGCAGGAGCGCCCGGCGUCCGCCCGCUGCGGGAGUCGAGGCCGCGGGCCCGCGCGGUGACGUGGGGAGGCGCGGGGGCCGCCAGAGACAGUCAGAAAUCGAGAGGCAGCGGGGGAGAGAGACCUACAGCGCUGCUUCGCUCGCACAGCUUUCCCCCUGCAGGUGGGGACUGGGGGCUUGAACCCGGGUCCGUAAGGAUGGUAACACGUGCGCUCCACCAGGUGCGACCACCGCCCGGCCCCGAGCCUGCAUCUGUUUAUAAUGGCUGAGAGCUAGCAAGGAAAAAUCGGGACCAUGAUGGCUCAGUUUCCCAGCGCUAUGAAUGGAGGGCCAAACAUGUGGGCCAUCACCUCUGAAGAACGGAGUAAGCAUGAUAAACAGUUUGACAACCUCAAGCCCUCAGGAGGUUACAUAACAGGUGAUCAAGCACGUACCUUUUUCUUACAGUCAGGUCUGCCAGCUCCUAUUUUAGCUGAAAUAUGGGCUUUAUCAGACCUAAACAAGGACGGGAAGAUGGACCAGCAAGAGUUCUCCAUAGCUAUGAAGCUCAUCAAGCUCAAGCUUCAAGGUCAACAGUUGCCAGUGGUUCUCCCUCCCAUCAUGAAGCAACCUCCUAUGUUCUCUCCAUUAAUUUCUGCUCGUUUUGGAAUGGGAAGCAUGCCCAACCUGUCCAUUCCUCAGCCGUUGCCUCCAGUCACACCAAUAGCAACACCCUUGUCCUCUGCGACUUCAGGGACCACCGUUCCCCCCUUAAUGAUGCCUGCCCCCCUAGUGCCUUCCGUUAGCACAUCCUCAUUACCAAAUGGAACCGCCAGUCUCGCCCAGCCUUUAGCCAUUCCUUAUUCUUCUUCAACAUUGCCUCACACGUCAUCUUACAGCCUGAUGAUGGGAGGAUUUGGCGGUGCUAGCAUACAGAAAGCCCAGUCUCUGAUCGAUUUAGGAUCUAGCAGCUCAACUUCCUCAACUGCUUCACUCUCAGGGAACUCGCCCAAGACUGGGACUUCAGAGUGGGCAGUUCCCCAGCCUUCAAGAUUAAAAUAUCGGCAAAAAUUUAAUAGUCUUGAUAAAAGCAUGAGCGGGUACCUCUCAGGUUUUCAAGCUAGAAAUGCCCUUCUUCAGUCUAACCUUUCUCAAACUCAGCUAGCUACUAUUUGGACUCUGGCUGACAUUGACGGUGACGGCCAGCUAAAGGCUGAAGAGUUUAUCCUCGCAAUGCACCUCACAGAUAUGGCCAAAGCUGGACAGCCACUGCCUCUGACUUUACCUCCUGAGCUUGUCCCUCCGUCUUUCAGAGGAGGAAAGCAAGUUGAUUCCAUAAAUGGAACUCUGCCUUCGUAUCAGAAAAUACAAGACGAGGAACCUCAGAAAAAAUUACCAGUUACUUUUGAGGACAAGCGGAAAGCCAACUACGAGCGAGGAAAUGUGGAACUGGAGAAGCGGCGCCAAGCCUUGAUGGAGCAGCAACAGAGGGAGGCAGAGCGUAAAGCCCAGAAAGAAAAGGAGGAGUGGGAACGAAAACAGAGAGAACUGCAAGAACAAGAGUGGAAGAAGCAACUGGAACUAGAAAAGCGCUUGGAGAAGCAGAGGGAACUGGAAAGGCAACGGGAAGAAGAGAGGAGAAAAGAGAUAGAACGAAGAGAGGCUGCGAAACAGGAACUUGAACGACAGCGUCGCCUGGAAUGGGAAAGGAUUCGACGACAAGAACUUCUAAAUCAAAGGACUAGAGAGCAGGAAGAAGUUGUGAGGCUGAAUGCUGAAAAGGACCGUCUCCGCCUCGAGUUGGACGCACUGAGAAAGAGCAAGAAAAGCAGAAGCAUCCCCCUGCAGCCCUGUGCGCCCCUACACCCCCAUGCGAUGCGGGAGACUCGUGGUCAAACUGAUUUGACCAGACAGUACUUGUCAGUAGGUACUGGUGACAGUACAGGAAUUCUCACUAAGUGCAAACUAUCUGAUGUUUAUAUUUCAGAUUCAGAGGCUGGUUUACUGCAGAAAAAAUCUUUAGAAAAGGAAGAAUUAUGCCAAAGACUUAAAGAAGAGUUAGAUGCUCUUGAAAAAGAAACUGCAUCCAAGUUAUCUGAAAUGGAUACAUGUAACAGUCAGUUAAAGUGUGGGGAUUUGGAUGACUCUAUUCUUCAGUGCCUUGUGUCUCUGCUAAGCUGUCUCAACAAGCUCUUCCUCUUACUUAAGGAACUGAGAGAAAGCUAUAAUACUCAGCAGUUAGCCCUUGAACAGCUUCAAAAGAUCAAGCGUGACAAGUUGAAGGAAAUGGAAAGAAAAAGAUCAGAGCAAAUUCAGAAAAAGAAAUUAGAAGAUGAGGCUGCCAGGAAAGCAAAGCAAGGAAAAGAAAACUUGUGGAGAGAAAGUCUGAAAAAAGAGGAAGAAGAAAAACAAAAACGCCUCCAGGAAGAAAAAACACACGAAAAAGUUCAAGAAGAAGAAAGGAGAGCUGAAGAGAAACAAUGUAAAGACACAGGUGAGCCAGCCAGCGCUUUGGUGAAUUACAGAGCGUUGUACCGCUUUGAAGCAAGGAACCAUGAUGAAUUGAGUUUCAAUUCUGGGGAUAUAAUACAGGUGGAUGAAAAAACCAUAGGUGAGCCUGGCUGGCUUUAUGGUAGUUUUGAAGGAAAUUUUGGCUGGUUUCCAUGCAACUAUGUAGAGAAAGUGCCGUCAAGCGGAACAGCUCUGUCUCCUAAGAAGGCCUUACUCCCUCCUACAGUUUCUUUAUCUGCUACCUCAACGACUUCUGAAUCACUUUCUUCAAAUCAACCAGCAUCUGUGACCGAUUAUCAAAAUGUCUCUUUUUCAAACCUAACUGUUAACACAUCAUGGCAGAAAAAAUCAGCUUUUACUCGCACUGUUUCCCCUGGAUCUGUGUCACCGAUCCAUGGACAAGGGCAGGCUGUAGAGAACCUAAAGGCCCAGGCCCUGUGUUCUUGGACGGCAAAGAAAGAUAACCACUUAAACUUCUCAAAACAUGACAUUAUUACUGUCUUGGAGCAGCAAGAGAAUUGGUGGUUUGGCGAGGUGCAUGGAGGAAGGGGGUGGUUUCCAAAAUCUUACGUCAAAAUUAUCCCUGGGACUGAAGUCAAGCGGGAGGAGCCAGAAGCUUUGUAUGCAGCUGUGAAUAAAAAACCUACCUCCUCAGCCUAUGCAGCUGGAGAAGAGUAUAUUGCACUUUACCCCUAUUCAAGUGUAGAACCUGGAGACUUGACAUUCACUGAAGGUGAAGAGAUCCUGGUGACCCAGAAAGACGGAGAGUGGUGGACAGGAAGUAUUGGAGAUAGAACUGGGAUUUUCCCAUCAAACUAUGUCAAACCAAAAGAUCAAGAGAGUUUUGGGAGUGCCAGCAAAUCUGGAACAUCAAACAAAAAACCAGAGAUUGCUCAAGUAACUUCAGCAUAUGUGGCUUCUGGUUCUGAACAGCUUAGCCUUGCACCAGGACAGUUAAUAUUAAUUCUAAAGAAAAAUACAAGUGGAUGGUGGCAGGGGGAGUUACAGGCCAGAGGGAAAAAGCGACAGAAAGGAUGGUUUCCCGCCAGCCAUGUUAAACUUUUGGGUCCAAGUAGUGAAAGAACCACGCCUGCACUUCAGCCUGUGUGUCAGGUGAUUGCUAUGUAUGACUACGCAGCAAAUAAUGAGGAUGAGCUCAACUUCUCCAAAGGCCAGCUUAUUAACGUCUUAAGCAAAGAUGACCCUGACUGGUGGCAAGGAGAAAUCAGCGGAGUGACAGGUCUCUUCCCUUCAAACUACGUUAAGAUGACGACAGACUCAGAUCCAAGUCAACAGUGGUGCGCAGACCUCCAGGCCCUGGACACCAUGCGGCCGGCCGAGAGGAAGAGGCAGGGUUACAUCCACGAGCUGAUCCAGACUGAGGAGCGUUACGUGAGCGACCUGCAGCUGGUGGUGGAGGUUUUCCAGAAACGAAUGGCGGAGUCAGGCUUUCUCACUGAAGGAGAGAUGGCCUUGAUCUUUGUCAACUGGAAGGAGCUUAUCAUGUCCAACACGAAGCUGCUGAAGGCCCUGCGGGUGCGGAAGAAGACGGAGGGCGAGAAGAUGCCUGUGCAGAUGAUCGGGGACAUCCUGGCGGCCGAGCUGGCGCACAUGCAGGCCUACAUCCGCUUCUGCAGCUGCCAGCUCAACGGGGCGGCACUGCUGCAGCAGAAGACAGACGAGGACACGGAGUGCAAGGAGUUCCUCCGGAAGCUGGCGGCUGACCCGCGGUGUCAGGGGAUGCCCCUGUCCAGCUUCCUGCUGAAGCCCAUGCAGAGGAUCACCCGCUACCCGCUGCUCAUCAGAAGCAUUCUGGACAACACCCCGGAGAGCCACGUGGACCAUUCCCCCCUGAAGCUGGCCCUCGAGCGGGCAGAGUUGCUGUGCUCGCAGGUGAACGAGGGCGUCCGGGAGAAGGAGAACUCAGACCGGCUGGAGUGGAUCCAGGCGCACGUGCAGUGCGAGGGGCUCACCGAGCAACUCGUUUUCAACUCCCUCACCAACUGCCUGGGGCCCCGGAAGCUUCUGCACAGCGGGAAGUUGUACAAGACCAAGAGCAACAAGGAGCUGCACGGCUUCCUCCUCAGCGACUUCCUGCUUCUCACCUACAUGGUCAAGCAGUUCGUUGUCUCCUCAGGCUCAGAGAAACUUUUCAGCUCCAAGUCCAACGCUCAGUUCAAGAUGUACAAAACGCCCAUUUUCCUGAAUGAAGUCUUGGUGAAACUGCCCACAGACCCUUCCAGCGACGAGCCCAUCUUCCACAUUUCUCACAUCGACCGGGUCUACACCCUCCGAACAGACAACAUCAAUGAGAGGACGGCCUGGGUGCAGAAGAUCAAGGCGGCGUCGGAGCAGUACAUCGACACCGAGAAGAGGAAGCGGGAGAAGGCCUACCAAGCUCGCUCUCAGAAGACGGCAGGCAUCGGGCGUCUGAUGGUGCACGUCAUAGAAGCCGCGGAACUGAAGGCCUGUAAACCCAAUGGAAGGAGCAGCCCCUACUGUGAGGUCAGCAUGGGCUCCCAGAGCUACACCACCAGGACCCUCCAGGACACGCUGAACCCCAAGUGGAACUUUAACUGCCAGUUCUUCAUCAAGGACCUGCACCAGGAUGUGCUGUGUCUCACCAUGUUUGACAGAGACCAGUUCUCGCCGGAUGAUUUCCUGGGUCGGACUGAAGUUCCACUGGCAAAAAUCCACACGGAGCAGGAAAGCAAGGGCCCCACCACACGCCGGCUUCUGCUGCAUGAAGUCUCCACCGGGGAGGUCUGGGUCCGCUUCGACCUGCAGCUUUUUGAGCAGAAAACUCUCCUCUAGGGACUUGGGGAGCUGCCCUCGAACCGAGGCUGGAGAAGACAGCGGUGCUGCCCCGGGUAGAGGGCUCCCAGCUUCACUCAUCACCAGGUCACACCCACUGGGCCCGAUUUUAUUGCACACUAAACCGCUAGCAAUCUAUGCAAACAUGACUUUCCCUCUGAACACACCCGGCCCGGUAGCGCAGUGCCUUGUAUUAGUGUUAACGCGGUGGGCUGCGUCCUCGCCAAGGUCUCCAUUUUCAGGGCUACUCAUGUAUUACGUGGAGACGGCGUCGGACCAGCAGCUGUCAUACCACUUGGCUGAAUGUGUCCACUGUGGGUGGUCUGGGGACACUGUAACCAUUCCACACCCUGUGACCUCUGCUGGGUCACAGCCACUCAGGAGGUGAAGGACUGGGAAGGCUGAUACCGAAAUAGUGUCCGUUCAUGCACUGACCAGAAACAGCAGAAACUUGAUGGUUUGGCUCCUGGCUAGGCGGGAGCUCUCUCUGCUGAGACAAUGCAGUUUGAAAUCUAAGGGGGUGGGGAAAGCUUGAUUUGCUUUAAAUACUGUGAACUCUAAUGAUGUGGAAAAUAUUUUUCAACUUUAAUUUUCUGAAGUCUUAUUUAAUUCUUUGUUUUGCGUAUUUCACAGAACAUGCAUCUUUAAGCUUUAUCAUUGCCAUUAUGUACAGAGAGAGAAUAAAAGUCUAAGUUUAUGAAUGGAA